CCCUCUACCCUGGCUGUGCUCUGGAGUUCUUCAGUCGUACCGCGUGCGCAACGGUAGUGACGCGUUUAACCCGGAGUAUGGCGGAUACCGGCUUGCGCCGCGUGGUUCCCAGCGACCUUUAUCCCCUUGUGCUCGGCUUUCUGCGAGAUAACCAGCUCUCAGAGGUGGCCAGUAAAUUUGCAAAAGCGACAGGCGCUACACAGCAGGACGCCAAUGCCUCUUCCCUCUUGGACAUUUAUAGCUUCUGGCUCAAGUCCACCAAAGCCCCGAAGGUGAAACUGCAGUCAAAUGGACCAGUGGCCAAAAAGGCUAAGAAAGAGACUUCAUCCAGUGACAGCAGUGAGGACAGCAGUGAGGAAGAGGACAAAGCCCAAGUUCCCACACAGAAGGCUGCCGCCCCUGCCAAGCGAGCCAGUUUGCCUCAGCAUGCUGGGAAAGCAGCAGCCAAAGCUUCAGAGAGCAGCAGUAGUGAAGAGUCCAGUGAGGAGGAGGAGGAGGAGGACAAAAAGAAAAAGCCUGUCCAGCAGAAAGCAGUUAAGCCCCAAGCCAAGGCAGUCAGACCUCCUCCUCCGAAGAAGGCAGAGAGCUCUGAGUCCGAGUCUGACUCAAGCUCAGAGGAUGAAGCACCACAGACCCAGAAGCCAAAGGCAGCUGCUACGGCAGCUAAAGCCCUGACUAAAGCCCCGACUAAAGUCCCAGCCAAACCAGGUCCACCAGCGAAAGCACAGCCUAAAGCAGCCAAUGGCAAAGCAGGCAGCAGCAGCAGCAGCAGCAGCAGCAGCAGCAGCAGUAGCAGUGAUGACUCAGAGGAAGAGAAGAAGGCAGCUGCACCUCUCAAGAAGACUGCACCUAAAAAGCAAGUCGUGGCCAAGGCACCAGUAAAAGUAGCUGCCGCCCCCACCCAAAAGAGUUCUAGCAGUGAGGACUCUUCCAGUGAAGAGGAAGAGGAACAGAAAAAACCCAUGAAGAAAAAAGCAGGUCCCUACAGUUCAGUUCCACCACCUUCUGUUUCUUUAUCCAAAAAGUCCGUGGGAGCCCAGUCUCCAAAGAAAGCGGCCGCGCAGACACAGCCUGCAGACAGCAGUGGAGACAGCAGCGAUGAGUCUGAUUCAAGUUCUGAGGAAGAGAAGAAAACUCCAGCUAAGACAGUCGUCUCCAAGACACCCGCCAAACCAGCUCCAGUGAAGAAGAAAGCCGAGAGCUCUUCAGACAGCUCAGAUUCUGACAGUUCUGAGGAUGAAGCUCCUGCCAAGCCAGUCAGUGCCACCAAGAGUCCCUUAAACAAGCCAGCUGUCACUCCUAAGCCGCCUGCUGCAAAGGCAGUGGCAACUCCUAAGCAGCCUGCGGGCAGUGGCCAGAAACCUCAGAGCAGAAAGGCUGACAGCAGCUCCAGCGAGGAGGAGAGCAGCUCCAGUGAGGAAGAGGCCACCAAGAAAAGUGUGACAACCCCUAAGGCCAGGGUGACCGCCAAAGCAGCACCCUCUCUACCUGCCAAACAGGCUCCUCGGGCUGGUGGGGACAGCAGCUCCGACUCAGAGAGUUCCAGCAGUGAGGAGGAGGAGAAGAAGACGCCUAAGCCCCCCGCUAAGAAGAAGGCAGCAGGUGCAGCCGUUCCCAAACCCACCCCUGUGAAGAAAGCAGCAGCCGAGAGCAGCAGCAGCAGCAGCUCCUCUGAAGAUUCCAGUGAAGAAGAGAAAAAGAAGCCCAAGAGCAAAGCUACUCCCAAACCACAGGCAGGAAAGGCCAAUGGCGUUCCAGCUUCUCAGAACGGAAAAGCAGGCAAGGAAAGUGAGGAGGAAGAGGAAGACACAGAACAGAACAAAAAGGCAGCCGGGACCAAGCCAGGUUCAGGCAAGAAACGGAAGCACAAUGAGACAGCAGAUGAAGCAGCAACUCCUCAGUCUAAGAAAGUUAAGCUGCAGACCCCUAAUACGUUUCCAAAAAGGAAGAAGGGAGAGAAAAGGGCAUCUUCCCCUUUCCGAAGGGUCAGGGAGGAGGAGAUUGAGGUGGACUCUCGAGUAGCAGACAAUUCCUUCGAUGCCAAGCGAGGUGCAGCUGGAGACUGGGGUGAGCGAGCCAAUCAGGUUCUGAAGUUCACCAAAGGAAAGUCCUUCCGGCACGAAAAAACAAAGAAGAAGCGAGGCAGCUACCGGGGAGGCUCCAUCUCUGUCCAGGUCAAUUCCGUCAAGUUUGACAGCGAGUGACCUGUGGUCAUCUUUAGCAAAGGAAGGGUGAUGUUGGGAGGCUGGCACUCACCUCCAAUGGACCCAGAAACUCAGUGUUGUUAGGAGACAGUUGUGGCACGGACAGUUUGGAGCAGGUCCUUUGACACUGCAGUCUAUAGUCCUUCCAUGCUCCUGCUUCUGGACAGGCUUGUUUUUGAGCGUUGAUUGUCAAAGACAAAAAGGUUUUUUUGUUUGUUUUGUUUUAUUUUUUAAGAAAUCCAUUUGGUUGUCAACUGCCUUCCUGUUCUGUUGGUCUUCAUACUGAGAAAUUUGUAUAUUUUAUAUUAAAUCAUGUCAUACAGAUUUUUGUUGUGAUUUUCAGAGAUGAGUUCCACAGAUUAAAGUCUUUGCCUAAGGCAAUGCACAGAGUCA